AUGGCGGGCAAUCACAGAAUCAACUCCUCGGCAUUGCCUGCUCAAGGUAUCCAAGGUGUCGUGGAGCACAGCCAUGAAUCAACCCCGCUUCUUCUAAUGAAUGCGUUUCGUGUCGCACACCGCUCAAUCUCAAGACGCGUUGCACAUGAGGGCAAAAGUGCACGCAGCGAAUUCCACAUCCGCCAGUUCCUCUGUGUGCUUUGGCGAAGCUCAUGUACUGCCUCAAUGUUGGUUAACGUACUCUGGCCCAUUGUAGAUAUUGCCGUCGUGUUUCAGCUCUUGCCUGGGUUGCAUCUUUCCAAGUUUACGACUGCCUAUGUGGCUGUCGUGCCGUCAGCGAAUGUCCUGGGGGUUUCCGGACAGGAAUUCGCCCGGAAGAUGCUCAAGGUCGCUGGUAUAUUAAUCGAGACGACAUUUGUAUCCAUUACCGAGAUUCUUCUCUUCAUUGUGCUUAUUCUGAAGCACGAGACAUCCGCGUCUCAACAGAGCGGUGUUGAAAAUGAUCGCGUCCCCCUCAUCCAAGCCGCAAUCCUUGGGAGCAUCUUGACCAACUUAUUACUUUGUCUUGGUUUGUGCUUUGUUUUCGGGGGAAUCCGCCAUGGGAGCCAAAAGUUCCAUGCUAUUGUUGCCUUGUACUCUGCCCUAAAGUCCGAGACAAUUUCCAAUCUCCCUAGAAUAUGGGUGAGGCACGAGGAUUUCACUGUGGGCACUCUUCAGGCCGACGUCCUUCGCAUUAGUCAGGCAAUCUCGAGUGCUCUCGUUGUUGCCUUUCUACUUUACGUCUGGUAUCAGGCCAAUAGUCAACACACGGAUGUGGAGAAGUCCAAGUUCACCUUGACCGAAUCUAUAAUCGCUCUGCUCAUAUCACUAGUACUAGUGACGCUUCUUCUGAUCUUCCUAGUCCGAGGCAUUGAACAUGUCAUUCAGAGACUUCUAUUACCUCCUUUGGUGGAGAAAGCAGCGGAGCAUUUGGCAGCUAUUGAUGAAGCUUGGGUCAUCAACUUUGCACUCUAUCAUUGCCUAGCUUCUUCCAUCCAUCCGGCUCUCUUCGAUGGGCUAUUGGUCAUUUUGGUUGGAUGGGCACUGGGGAAACCAACGGAUCUCAACUUUGAGAUCUUCAUGAUAGCUCUUCUCGUCCUAUCGAUUCUCGUCGUGGGAAAUUUUCUGCGGGAUGGAGAAUCAAACUUGCUCGAAGGUACUUUGCUUGUAGUUGUGUAUACAAUCAUUGCCAUCGCAUGCUGGUGUUAUCCCAGCCUUGACGUAGCAACAUCCAAUGGUAUGGAUGCUAUCAACACCACAAUUAGCAUCGAGGUGCUUUAA